AUGGAUGUAAGUCAGAUGAAAAUGUUCCCCCCUGGGGAGAGUGGCGAUACAGUGGUGCAUGUAAAGGUGCCUGGUCCAACUUUGACAUUCGAGAACAUUCACUACUGUGUUAGAGAAAACCGUGGACUUUGCCGCAAGAGAGGACCGAAGAAAGAUAUCCUGAGAAAUGUCAGUGGCAUCAUGAGAACGGGACUUAAUGCAAUCAUGGGAGCAACAGGAAGUGGCAAAACAUCGCUGUUGGACGUGAUCGCCGGAAGAAAAGAUCCACGUGGUUUGCGUUCAGGUCAAGUUCUGGUGGACAACAUGGUCGUGACCUCUGAACUCCGGCUCACGUCUGCCUAUGUUGUACAGGACGAUGUCCUGAUGGGCACGCUUACUGUACGGGAGAAUCUCUUAUUCUCUGGAAAUUUGCGGUUGUCAAGGCAACAGUAUUCUACUGCUGAUAAGAAAGAAAAAGUGGAUGGCAUCAUCCGAGAGCUUGGGCUGGAGGACUGCGCAAACACCAAGAUUGGUACAGAGUUUAUAAGGGGUGUAUCGGGUGGAGAAAGAAAGCGUUGUAGCAUUGGAAUGGAGCUCAUUACGUCUCCUAGUCUUCUGUUCCUGGAUGAGCCAACCACAGGCCUCGAUUCCAAUACUGCCAACAGCAUCAUUUCUCUCUUGUACAGGUUGUCACGGGGUGGCAGAACUAUUAUUUUCUCCAUCCACCAGCCACGUUACUCCAUUUUUAAGCUUUUUGAUCAUCUGACGCUGCUUCAUAAAGGCGAGAUGGUUUACGCUGGCCCUUCUGGCAAAGCCAUGGGCUACUUCAAGAGUCUGGGUUAUACAUGUGAAGCUUUCAACAAUCCUGCAGAUUUCUUUUUGGACAUAACAAACGGAGAAACAUCUUGUUCCAUGCCAACAGAGAAGACUUUAGCUGAACUUUACAAAGAGUCUCAGUUCUGUAAUGCUGUCGAGGAGGAAUUGAAAUCCACCACUAGUCCUUUGGUUCCCUCUUUUGAAACCAACAAAAAGGCAUCAUCCUAUGUCACAUCCUUCUUCUACCAGAUGAGGGUGGUGGGAUGGAGGACCGCGGUGAAUAUUAUUAGGAAUCCCCAGACUUCGUAUGCUCAGUUGGGUAUGAACAUUGUCUUUGCUCUGCUGAUCGGCCUCAUUUACUACCAGAUGCCCAAAACUCUACCUGAAGCCCUACAGAACAGGAUUGGAGCUUUCUUUUUCCUCAUCAUCAAUAUGGUGUUUGGCAACCUAUCAGCAGUGGAGCUCUUCAUCAAUGAAAGAGCGAUCUUUAUACACGAGAAUUCUGGAGGAUAUUACCGUACAUCUGUAUAUUUCCUGUCCAAGGUGUUCGUGGAUUUGUUACCAAAUCGCAUCAUACCGGUUUUUGUCUUUGCUUGCAUUGCAUACUAUAUGAUGGGGUUAAAGCCGGCGUUCACUGCGUUCCUCUGCUUCACAUUGACAUUGUCUAUGGUUAGUCUGGCAGGGGUCAGUCUGGCUUUUCUGGUCAGUGCCAGCGUGAGCUCGUUCGCCAUCGCCAAUGCUCUCAUCGCCCUUCCAUUUAUCUUAAUGAUGGUUUUCGGCGGCUUCCUCGUGAACCUCAACUCCAUGCUCGACUGGUUGUCCUGGCUCAAAUGGGCCAGUAUCUUCAAAUACGGACUAGAUGCUGUGACUAUAAAUGAAAUGAAAGGUCAAGUCUUCUACAGCGGCAAUGCUACAAUGACAGGAGAGAUGUAUCUGCAAUCUCAGGGAAUCGAUUACAGCAUGUGGGGCUUCUGGCAGAAUGAGGUGGCUCUGCUGGGCAUUAUACUCGUGUGUAUAACACUGGCAUACAUCCAGCUACGCAGAAUCAACCGCUGGAAGUAA